AUGUCCGACAACAAAGAAUUUCCGACACAGAAAGACGACAAACCCAAAACGACGACAAACAGGAAAAGGAGUUCUAAGGUUCAUAAGGAAGCUCAUAAGGAAAGAAGGGGGAGUAUGAGUCGCAUCGAUACUGCGUUGAUAACUCAUAUAUCCACUGAAUCUCACGUCCAGUCAGGAUCUCGUCAACCACGACAAGUCCAUACCUUUCGCCUAGGUGAUCGCUCACACCGUCAUUCACUUGGUGACCCAUAUUCGCACUCGGGAAGGCCCAGCUCAGGGCCCACUGGUAGUGUCCCGUUACCUCCACGGUCUCGACGAUCAAGCAUGCCAGUAUCUCCAAGAUCUAUGAUCCAGCAUGCCUGGCACACCGCAAUGACCGCAGACCCCCUUAUUGACUCCGAUGAAGAAAACCCAGAUGAGCAUGUGCGGCUUGACUAUGAAGAUUACGUGGCAAGCAACCCAAUGAACCGGAAGACUCCUCUCGGUGUGUACAGGUUCAUUCUCCUCCAACGACUCUUGCCAGUGAUCCGAGAAACGUUCAAUGAAGACUACGACGUAUGCUCAUAUUUUGUCAUUCGUUUAGGGAAUGGGUGGAGACUUCCAAUUGUGUUCGAAAAUAUAGAUGCGUCACGUGAUGCAAUUAUGCGUCGCGUUUGUGGCAAAUACAUUCUUGGUGUUCCUACUACCUCGCAAAAGCUUCAAGGACUCUCAUGCUUAGAAUCACAUUACUAUCCCUUCCAAACACCUAGUCUCCCUGAUACUGCAAGUCUCGUUAAGCGUCUGGCGGGCCCAUCCACCACGAAAGCAGGCCUGGCCAAAGAUCAAAGCGAAAUCAAUCGUAUUAUUGCAGAAGCUUCAAAAGGAUCUAAAUUCUACGACAACGAGAAGCGGAAAGACAAAGAAUUGACUGAGCGCAUUAACAAAAUCCUCAAGCAACGUGAUGAUGCAAGACAGGGAGUGGACAUUAGUCAGAUAGAGAAGAGUACUGACCAUACUCUCGACCAGCUAGAGUCGCAUCGUGACCUUAGCCAGGUUAUCGUUCAUGUAGACAUGGAUGCAUUUUAUGCAAAUGUAGAACUCCUUCACAACCCAGAGCUCAAAGGCAAACCCUUUGGAGUAGGAGCUGGAGUUCUUUCUACCGCCUCGUAUGAUGCUAGAAAGUACGGGGUGCGCUCUGGUAUGCCGGGCUUCAUCGCCAAGAAAUUGUGUCCAGAACUAAUCCUCGUCAAUAUCAAUUUUACCCGAUACCAGGAGAUGUCUGAUAAGGUGAUGGAUAUAUUCAGACGGUAUGACCCCAACAUGCUUGCUGCAGGUUGUGACGAAGGUUACUUGAAUAUCACAGCCUAUUGCGAGGAGCACAACUUAGACCCACAGGCAUGUGUGCAAGAAAUGCGAGCAUUUGUGCACAAGGAAACGAAUCUAACAGUAAGUGCUGGGAUUGCGCCGAACAAGAUGUUAGCCAAAAUAUGUUCAGACAAGAAUAAACCAAACGGUCAAUUCUACCUCCCAUUUGACCGUGAAUCCAUCAAAUCCUUUAUGCAGGAUCUUCCCAUCCGGAGGAUACCUGGUGUUGGACGUGUGAAUGAAAGGCUACUUGACGCAAUAGGCAUAAAGACUUGUGGCGACAUCUACACUCAUAGGGCAACUCUCUCGCUGAUGGACAAACAAUUCGGACUCCAAUUUUUGUUACGGAUACAUCUUGGUAUCGCAUCCAAUGUCGUUGAGCCUGGCAAAAGAGAGGAACGGAAAAUCGCUAGCGCUAAGGUUCAUUUCAGGACUUUCAGUACACUUAGCGAUAGACAACAGAUACUCAACAAACUCGAAGAAGUAGCUGCUGAACUUGAAGACGAUACUGAAAGAAAUGGGUGGACAGGAAAAACAGUGACGCUAAAGUACAAGUUAAAUACAUAUCAAGUUUACACUCGCGCCAAAUCCUUUGAUCGGUGGAUAAGCACAAAGAAGGACGAUCUGCUUGCUAUCGGCAAGGAACUUUUGCCAAGCCAUCCUCUGUCAAUUAGGCUAAUUGGACUACGGAUCACCAAGCUCAAAGAUCUAAGGUCGUCAUCACCCGCAGGAGGUAUCAAACGUUUUCUAGAACCUACUGCUGCAUCACCACGCAAAAAGGCUAAGUAUGAAGCAACGAACAAGGAAGGCAAUAUACACAAACAUGACCACUCUGAUUAUGACCAAAAUGAAUAUGAGGAUUAUAUGCCUGGGUUUGGCGGAGAAGAUGAUGAGCAACUAGAGGCUGGAUUUGAUAGCGAUGAGGAAGUGGACGGAGAAGAUUACGAACCAAACGAUAUCUCAGAAAAUGACGACUUUAAGGCUCAGCUCCGACCACCGGUUUCAGCUCCUGCUCGCUCCAAUUCUGAAGGUCGAAGGUCAUCAUCGAUGGCUACCAUCUCACGACAAAAACCCCGUAGUUCGGGUCACAUCCCAGUACCCAAGCAACCUACAUCACAAGCGGAAGAGAUUGACGCUCAAACACAUACCUGUCCUAUAUGCGGAAAGAAUCUUGCGACGGACAAUCAGGGGCUGAAUGCCCAUAUCGAUUUCUGUUUGAGCAGAGGUGCAAUUCUCCACGCACAGGCAGAAUCAAGCAGUCCCACCAAGAAAAAAGCGACUUCUACGUGGAACUGGGAAGCUAAUACGAAAGGAAAGCGGAAGAGAUGA